AUGGCUUCAAACGAGAACCUGAAGUCGGUGCAUUACCUCUCAGCAAAGCUGUCGGUGAAUUUCCAACUGCCUGAGGGGAAUACUCACAGUCGAACUACUACUCGCCAACCCAUCCGCCGCAGGAAAAUCAGCAUGACGACUCUCAUCAUUGUAGCUCUUGCAUUAGCCCUACUGCUUGCCGCAGUCCUCGUGAUUGGCAUCACCCGCAAACAGGCCUCGCACAACGACGCGCCAUCCGAAAAUACAAACAAGACUGGCGCAGGCUCUACACCAUCACCUCCUCCUUCCGAGCCACCUGGAGGCGAUCAGGGCUUGUCGUGGUGUCAGAAUCGGGAUGAGGGGAUAUGUACACUUGGAGUCUACCAGAAUCUCGACACCGGACAGAUACGUGCCCAGGUAUUUGAUCACAUAUGCCGAUCGCUCGGUAGCUCGGAUCGAAUAAAACUGGAAUCUGCGUCAGCAAUCAACUCGACGUUGCCCGAGGCGGUGGUCCUUCUCGUCCAUGGUAUCACAGGGACUGGUGACGAGUUCUGGUACAACGGCACACACUAUUCAGAUGGAUGGGUCUGGCAGAACCCGUCGCCGGUCUGGUAUGAGACUCAGAGUUUCCCAUGUCUGUAG